GUCGAAGCAAAAAACCAUCACAUCGACAGAUGGCAAAAAUCAUGUUAUGAUUAAUAUAUUAAAAUAAUUAUAAUUAAAUUUUUUUCAUACAUUUCCAUUAAUUAUAAUUAUCUAAAACAUAAAAGUAAGAAGAAAAAAAAACAAGAAAUACGUAACUAUAAAUAGUUUAGUGUUUAGUAUAAAGUUUAUAUUUGACAAUCACAAUUAAAUUAUCAAGUUAUAUCUUAAUGAAUAAUAGAUAAAAUAUACCUCACACACAAGUAUAUAUACAUAUAUACAUCGGUUAUAAAUUACUCAGUGCAUCCAUCGGAGUCAGUAAAAAAAGACAGAAAACCGAAAGAGAAACGAAGCGCAAGAGAGCGAGAGUAGCAAAUAGAACAUGGCGUUUGUUUCUUUAAUAUCUACCGCAAAUUAAAUUCCGAAUUAACUAAUUAUCUGUUUUAUAACCAAAUAUUUUUUUUUUAAAUUUAAAUUUAAUAAUUUUAAUGAGAAAGCAUAAAAGAAAUUUUAUUUUAAAAUUUUCAAAUUUCUGGUAACUUUUUUUUACUCUUGCGCUUAAAUUAAUUCAUUUAAUUGUUUUAUUAUUAUUAUUAUUAUACAUUUUUUUUUUUUUUACGUUAAUUAUGAAGAUUUACGGUGGUGUUAUCAGUGAGUUUAUAAAAAUAUAUUUAUGAAAUAAAAUAUAAUUAAAUGAAAUUAAUUAUUUGUCGUGAUAAAAAAAAAUUAAUAAUAAAAUGACGUCACGUAGUUAUACAAAAUCAUACAGUCGUAAGGUGAAUAGUGUUACACCUGGUAGCAUUCAAUUUGACAAGCUAUUUCGGGAAAAUAGUAACCGCCCAUCAGCUGCUAAAUCUGCUGGUACUGUUGGCAAAUGGGGUAUAACAUCAUUUACAUCAAUACGAAGUACCAACAUCAAUGGACGUAAAGACGAAAUCCACAAGACUUUUGGUACCAAAAGAAUGAAACUGGAUUACGGUAAUCAAAAUGCUCAAGUAAACACUAAAAAUUCAAACAAAGAUCCGUUCUCAUUUGAAACUGACCUAGACCCUAAGUCAGAAUCAUCAGUGACAGCAUCAGUACCAACAGUGCCAGUAGUAAAACCGAAAAAAUUUUUCAAAAGCCGGAAUGCUCCUGUGGUAGACGAAUCUAAAGUUGAUUUAAAUCGACAGUUACCUGUACCUGAUCAUCACCAGCAGCUGCAGCAGCAGCAUCACCACCAUCACCAUCCGCGUGCUCGUUCGCAAAAAGUUCACACGGCUAGCAAAGUCCAAGCCAAGGCUUACACACCAGUGCGUAAAAUAAGCGAGUGUAUGGACAGUAGCUCGAGUGAUACGUCGACUCGCGAUGAUGGGAAACCUCCGAUAGUAUUGAGAAUAUGCAAAGGUACUGCUCGCUUAGUAAGUGGCGACAGUAAAGAAGUAACAGAGUGUGAACCUGACACGUACAGAAUUUCACCACCAAGCCCGGCAAAACAGGACCUAGUAAAAAGCAGUCCCGAAAUUAGGGACCAAAGAACCUCAGCGAAGCCACUAAAUAUACAGCAGCCUUCAGUGACAACUGUCUCUAUUCCUCUAGACGAAGAUGUGCCAACCCGACGUACGACUCGUAGCCGGGCGAAAAAUCUUAACUUGGAUCUCACACCACCACCAGCACCCGCACCAACGGGACAAAAUUCAUCUGGGCUGUCACUAACUCUCCGUAAGUCAGUAACUGACUCAAACAACACCCUCAUAUCUCACUACGACAUAGUAAAGACUGACUGUCCGAGUUAUCAAACCAAACCGGCUGUGGUAGAGCCAGCAAUUGGACGUAAUCAUCCACUGCCAACAUCAACUCAAGAACUCAUUGACAUUCUCUCCAGUGAAGCUGCAGGGGAUCCUUCGUCAUCAAGACUAGACCCGCCAGCAUCACCUUCACUGUCAGUACCUUCAGCUGCUGAUGAAUCCGAACCUCAAGAUUUAGAAAGUAUUACCACAGAUGUCCAGCACUGCUCUAUAGAUUUACCACCGCCAGCUCCACCGCAGUCAGACGUUCAAUCGGACCCAGAGUCAGUGUCUGACAAUUCCCACCACACGUACGACGAGGAACCGAUUUAUAACCCGACGUACAAUCAAACAGAGUCAACAGAGACAAAGCAGGACCAUGAUCACAAUGAGGACCGACCAGUCGCCAAAGCUCUCGUCGACCAGGACUGGUUUUCCGGAAGCGAAGACAGUGAAGCAGCGAGCGGUAACACGGAAACAGAAACUCAAACAAGCGAACCAAGUUCAGUUUCUGUCGAGCAGACUCCGAUGACAGCGAAACCAGCUGUCAAGAAGGGAAGUAUUUUCAAAAGUCGGUCAGCUGGAGCGACAAAUGGCAACAAGCGUCGCGCACUUUAUAAGCACAAGUGGUGCGACAACGACAAGGAAUCGAUUGCGCCAGAAAAUAUCGUAGCGAAUACUUCAGCACCUAAUGCAGCAUCGGGAUCCACCAGCGCUGGACCCGGUGUUGACUUCGACGAGCUCGAAGACUCGACACUGACUCGAGUCGUGACUUAUCCCGAGUACGACACCGAGUUCGGUGACGAUGCCGAGGCAAUAACGAGCGUGAGAUGCGGGAAAAAAGUCAAGGGAUUUUAUACUGUUGUAAAAAAUGUAAAAAAGGCUCAUCAGAUACAAGAGAGCGGGGAAUUCCAGGAGUUUAAUGACGAUGUUGAAUAUAUUUUAGACACUUUGCGUGAGAAUAACCCGAAUGCGACUCGAUGCUUGAGUGCGAUUCGACUUGCCAGCAAAUGUAUGGCGCCGGCUUUCCGGAUGCACGUAAGAGCGCAUGGUACAGUCGCUAAAUUCUUCAAAGCUCUGCAUGACGCGACCAAAGACCAAAGUCUUGGCUUGUGUACAGCGACGGUGAUGUUUGUGCUGAGUCAGGAUCGGCUUGCUAUGGACUUAGACCGCGAUUGUCUUGAACUGAUGCUGAGUCUUCUGGAGUCGGAUGCCAGCCACAAAGACGCUCUCGAUGACUGCGGGCUAAGUCGUACAGAGUUGCAGAAAAAUAAGGAAAAAGUGCGGCAGCUGUGUGCUGAUAUCCAGUCCCAAGGUCACGCUAAGCACCUAAAUCUGGACAAUAUUACUGUGGGACAAUUGGCCAUGGAGACUCUGCUGAGUUUGACGUCCAAACGUGCUGGCGAGUGGUUCAAGGAGGAGCUGAGAGAACUGGGUGGUCUUGAGCAUAUCGUUAAGACGAUAACUGAUUGCCAUCGAUUCAUCAAGGCCAGCAACGUCACGCGAACUGGCUGGUCUGAGCCCUUGCUUGAUAAACUUAGAAAGGUCGAUAGAUGUUUGAGAGUUCUGGAAAAUGUGACCCACAUGAAUGAAGAGAAUCAGGUCUAUUUGUUGAACUAUGAGAUGGGUAUUUUGGUCAGCACUAUGGUCAGCUUGUAUCAUCUCUGUGGAAUGGAGAUUGUUAUUUAUCCUACUAUUGAUGUCAGUGAUAAAACGUCAACUGGGGCUGUCAUACGUGAAUGCAUAUUUGCUAUUUUAAAAGUUCUUAUUAAUCUCACGCAUCGAUUCAAUCGACAAUCUUUUGGUAGUAAAUCAGUUGGAUCACAAAGUAAUGUAUUAGACUGUAGUUUGAAUCUCUUAUUGCGAGUACCAGAAUCAUUACCGGAAGAAAAACGAUUUGAUAUGAUGAUAUUGACACUUAUACUGUUAAUUAAUUUAAUUGAACAGUGCGAUGAUAACAAAGAAUUGCUCAUUAAAUCUAGGGCACCACCGUGUCCGGAAAAUUUAUUUGAUCAUCAAGAAGGUGGCGUUGAUGCGCUUAUUGAUUUAUUUUAUAAACAAGAAGAAAUGGCACGUGGGGAAGAACAAAAAACUGAUGAUAUUUUAGAUGGAAAAAAAGAUUCUGAACAAUCAGAAACUGUAUCAGCUCCUGCUAAAACACAAGAAGAAUUUAUUGCUGAGACUGUAGCUAAACUUUUACAGAAAGCUAGUCGUCAUAUGGAACACACUAUGAUUGGUGCGCAUGUAGUACUUUUACUUGGAAAUUUAAUUAUGGAUAAUAUGGAAUAUGAAACACUAGUACGCGGUAAACUUCCUGACCAUAAUUUCUCAUUGAUGAUUUCUAUACUACAGAAAUUUUACAAUUUUAUGAAUUUAACGACAUCGAGCGAAGCCAGUAAUUUUGGUAUUCACGCGACCGACAAAGUUCUUAAAUUUUUAAAAUUAUCUGACGCGCGAAUUGAAGAGGACAAAAAUGCAUUACCAUUACCAGCACUCGAGGAAUCUAGUAUUAUGUUAGAUUUGUCAUCAUCUUGAUCACAAUAUCGCGGGUGUAUUUCUCGAGAGUGUGUUCCGAUUAACAGGUACGUCGACAGAGCCAAAGUUACAAGUGUCCAAUAAUUAAAAUUCAUCUAAAACAAAUAACUAAAUAAAUAAAUACUAAUAAUAAUAAUAAUAAUAAUUAAAAAUAAAUAAAUAAAUCACACUGUGGAAGAACCUGUUUUAUAAUGAAUGCAUAUUUUGAUAUAUUAUAUAUAUAUAUUUAUUGGUUAAAAAUAUUUAUUGUAGUAUUCUCUUCAAUCUUUUACUUAUUAAUUAUUAUAAAUUAAUUAAAUAUGGCUUAAUUUUUAAAUAAUUACAAAGAUAAUUAUUUUUUUUUUAAUUUUAAUCAUAGUUACUUAAAAAAAAUAUAUAUAUAUAUAUAUAUACAUAUACAUACAUUCGUAA